GCCAGCGCAGUGAGAGGAAGAAGAGCCAUUUUAAAACCUUCCCCCUUCUCCCUCCCCCGAUCCUCCUCCGCCCCCACGAAUCCCCAUCCCGCAUUCGCCUCCGCCCCCCCCGGCGCGAGGAGCGGCGGCGGCGGCGAGCCACGAACCCUAGCCGUCUCCUUCGCCGUCCCUCUCUCUCCAGCCGUUGCGGGAGGAGGAGGAGGAGGCGCGGUUGCUGUUGGUGGCGGCUGUCGUCCCUGACGCGGAGUUCUCUCGCUAGGGUUUUUUUUUUGUGUGUGUGUGUGGGGGGGGGGGGGGGGAUGCGCGGCAUGGGGGGGCGGUACCACAUGGAGAUGCCCACCGGGAUGAGGGAGCUGGACCGCGUGCAGCAGCAGAUCGCCAGCCACCCCUACGCCUUCGAGGUGUGCUCCUACUUCUUGCAGGGGUACUACAACGUGCUCGCGAACAGCCCGGAGCUGGCGUGCCAAUUCUACACGGAUUACAGCACCGCCGUGAGGCUGGACUGCCAGACGAUGAAAUCCUCGUUCGGGGAGACUGUUGAGGAAAUCAAUGACAUGAUCAUAUCCAUGAAUGUACACAAGAUUGAGGUUAAGACAGCUAAUUUCGUGCAGUCAUGGGGUGGGGCUCUCCAGAUGUUGGUUACUGGCCUAGUGCAAUUAAAGGACUACCCUGUUCGCAAGAGAUUUGCUCAGACUAUGCUUCUUGCUCCUCAGGAUAAUGGAUAUUAUGUAUUCAGUGACAUCUUUAAGCUUAUCUGUGAUGAAUAUGAUUACUAUGAAGGGGCUGAUUACAGUCACACUGACAACAUUCUCCAGAUGGAUGCUCAUAAUACCAUGACUGAAACAGCGUCUGAUUGUAUGCCUGAAGAACUUGAGGCAAAGGAAGCUUUAGCUCCUGCUGAUAUUGAGGAAAGGGGUCCUGCUUUUAUGCCUGAAAAUCAUGAAGUUCAGCAGCAAGAUCCUUUGGAAUAUGGGGUUGUGAUCGACGAUGAUUCUCCUUCUGAAGAGCUUACUCCUUCGUUCCCCAGUUCUACUGACAGUAAACAGGAUGCACCUCUUGGCCCCAUUGUCCAUCCUUCUGUAACUACCCCUGAGGAAGAGCCUAUGGGAGAACCAGCCAAACAAACAUACGCUUCAGUGCUGCGAACAAAAGGACACCCUAGCCAUCAGGCUAUUCACUCCAUUCCUCUCAACAAGGCCACGGCAAGUAGUGUGGAGUCACAACUGAAUGGACAUAUGACUAAGCAGGUGCAGCCUGUGCAUGAAAAAGCCAACCUGGACACCCGUUAUGAUGCUAGCGGCCCUGAGGAUGAAGAAGAGUUUUUGUCAGUUUAUAUCGGGAACCUUUCUCCAUCUACUUCAGUCUUUGAUCUUGAGAAGGUAUUCCAGGCUUUUGGAAGAAUUAAACCUGACGGGGUUGCUAUACGGAGCCGCAAGGAGGCUGGAAUUUUCUUUGGCUUUGUUGAGUACGAAGACAUGUCUGGUAUCCAUAAUGCUUUGAGGGCAUCUCCAAUAGAGCUGAAUGGCCGCUUAAUACAUGUUGAAGAGAGGAGGCAAAUCUAUCGGGGAGGUGGAGCAAGACGGGGGAGAGGAAGACCUGCUGACUUCUCUAGGGGUCAAUCGGGUGGGCGGUAUGAUGGGGAUUAUGCUACUCGGUCAAAGGGAAAUGGGUACCAAAGAAGGGUUUGACGCCAGUACGAUGGCUAAAGUCAAAUUUCUCACCUGCUCUGCUGGUGAAUGGUUGUACCCCCUUGGUGAUCUCGACAUGGUGCGGUCCGGCCAUAUUUUUGUCACAACAAAGCGUAAUAUUAGGUGGUAGUCAUUUUUGGAUGGGCAUCUGUUACCAUUUUGUUGCUGGUUUUUGCCGUCGUUUGGUCAGAACAAAACCUCAGCUGCAUCGACCUGGAAAGAUUUCAUAAUGUUAUCGCUGAAUUGGUGUCCGUUGAGAACACCAUUGAAAAGUUCUAGUCUCAGUGAUAUGUUUUAGGAAUUGUCCUUUUGCUGCCAUGUCUUGUUUCACACCGGCAGCGGCAGGAGCGAUUCCUGCUUGCAAAUAGCUUGAUAAACCUUUUACAUUAGCUUAUAAAAUCUCAUGUUAUCUCUUAGACUCUUAA